AUGUAUCAGAAGAACUAGAUGCAACACUAUGUGUCAACAGGAGAUCAGAAGAAGUGGAAGAUACUCUAGACAAAUGUGGAAGUCUUUCCUCUUUGGUUGCUUUUGAAAAUCUCAAGGAUGAUGUGACUGAUGAUAUGUUAACUUUGUUAGUGAAAAACAUAAGUUGCCUCUCCAGUGAUGACUUUGAAGUAGAAGUAAUACGAGAUUUUGGUGUUGCUGUGGUUAAAUUUAAAAAAUAUAUGGAUGUCAUGAAAUUUGUGGAUGAUUGUGCCAAGGACUCGAGAGUGAAGCAGCUGACGUUGUCUGCAAGACUUCUGGAAAUGACAAAAACAAUCAGGGUUGAAAACCUGCCACCUAGUGUAGAUGAACAUCAUCUAAAAAUUUUCUUUGAAAAUCCUCAGAAUGGAUGGGGAAGAGUUGUAAAUGUUGAAUGUUUUCCUGAUGAGAGUUCAGCUUUGGUUGAAUUUUUUGACAAAAAAGUCCUAGACAACAUCAUGACCAAGAAACUUGAACUCAAUAAUAUGCCUCUCUCUGUGUUUCCAUAUUAUACUUCUUUGGGCACUGCCUUGUAUAGAAAGAAGCCUCAUAUCAAGCUUCCAGCACCAUUCAAAGAAAUAUUGGCUCUUCCAGUAUGGAAGUUCUUACAGAAAAGGAAACACCUAAUUGAGGAGAUAAAUGAAGAAAUGAGACAAUAUCACUGUGAGCUAACCUGGUCCAAAUUCUAUGGGGAAGUUACCAUCAGACCAGUGACUUCCCUACUCCGUCAAGAGAGAAACAAAAUCCAGACCUGGCAGAAAGACACUUCCACAGCAUUCACUAAAAUCAUGUCCAGAUACAAAGUCACCUCAUUUGAAUUGGAUAAAACAGUGUGGAGUAGAAUAAAAAAUGAUUUACAUGACAGAGGGUUUUUUGUCGAGUUCAAUGCAGUUCUGAAGUUCCUAAAUGUGGUGGGGGAAUCAGAGGAGGUACAACACUCUGAGAAAAAAAUCAAGGAAUUAAUAGAAAUCACCAGUCAAAAACUUGAGAGAGAACAGCCAAUUGUUAAGGAAAAAGUGACCAUUUCAUCAGGAAAGUAUUCUCUUUUGUGCCACAGUGGUGUGCUGAAGCAUCUCUGCACUGAAUGUCCAGAGGUGGAGAUGUUUUAUGAUGAAGACACUCAACACAUGUGCUUAAAAGGACUCCUUGCUGAUGUGUAUAAAAUAAAGUGUGACAUCUUGGAGAAGGUCCUUGCUAUGGCUCAGAAAAGCCUUCAGGUUUCUCCUGAGGUCUUUCAGUUUUUGCAGGAGGCAGACUGUGCAGAGUUAUCUAAGUCUCUUUUCAUAGCACAGAAAAUUUUUGCAGUUUAUGAGCUAAAUGCUACAACUGUUCUCUUAACUAGCUGUUCUCCUGAAACCCUCAUUGAAGCUGAAAAGAAAAUGGUUAGUGCAUUAAUUUCUAAGCACAUAGAUGUUGAGGACAAUAAAGUCCUCAGUGACAAGAAAUGGAAAGCACUCAGCAGCAGUUUGUGGAAGAAAUAUAACUCUUCUUCAAAGACUGUCCUCAUCAAUGAGUUAACUUCAGGAUCUACCAGCAAGGUCAUCAUAGUAGGCUGUGUUAGAGCAGUAAAUGAAGUCCAUGGAUCACUUUCUGACUUUUUGGAAAAACACAAGAAAACAGAAAAGCUGAUUGAACUAAAUAAUUCCUUUGUUUUUCAUUAUUUAAAAGAUGAAAUGAAACUAUUAUGGCAAGAGAUUAACAAAACACACGUGCAAGUAUUUUUUAAUCCUGAGCACAAAGAAAACUGCAUUUUACUAACUGGUCCAAAAACUGAGGUCCUAGAGGCAACAAAUCUUGUCACACAAGCAUGUGACUCUGUCUGUUUUAGAACCAUUCAGAUUGAUAAACCAGGAGCCAGGCAGUUCUUCCAGAAUAAUGCACACUUUUAUAGAACUGAGGUUAAAAACCUGUUUGGUUGUUUUGUUCAACUCCUAGAGAAUGAAGCAAAAGCAGGUGGUGUCUCUGAUGGCCAGAAGUGCUUCUCUAGGAUAACCUUGCCCUCUGGAAUCUCACUGAUUGUACAGCAAGGCAACUUGACUCAGUUUCCCGUGGAAAUAGUGGUUUUUUGGGCUAAUGAGAAUCUCAAACAUGAUGAAGGCCUUGCUGCUGCUCUUUUAAAAGCAGCAGGUCCUGAGCUCCAAGCAGACUGUGACCAGAUAGUGAAGACAAAGGGCAAGAUCCUCCCUGGCAGUGCUACCAUUUCCAAAGCAGGCAAACUCCCAUACCGCCAUGUGAUCCAUGCAGUGGGGCCACAGUGGAAGCAACAUGAGGCUCAGAAGUGUGAGGACCAGUUAAUGAAAGCCGUGAAGGAAAGCCUCCAUUUGGCAGAGGAGCACAAGUACCGUUCCAUUGCCAUUCCUGCCAUUAGUUCUGGAAACUAUGGCUUCCCCUUACCCCAGUGUGUGGUGGCCACUGUCAUGGCUCUCAGGAAAAACCUCCAACAAAAGUCAGAUACACACACAUUGAAAGAGAUCUAUCUUGUGGAUACAGCUGAGAAGACUCUUAGGGUCUUUGCUGCAGUUGUGCAAACACUAUUUAAGGAUGCCCUGCUUGACUCACCUUUCCUGCCCAGUUCACCAACAACAAUCCAGCCCAACAAAGGAAGAGAUGAUGGAAACAAAGGAAUUCUGUGGACACCGGAAGGCCUAAGGAUUCUGCUGGUAAAAGGAGAUGUGCAGAAUGCUCAGACGGAUGUUGUUGUCAACUCUGUUCCCUGGGAUCUUGCACUUAACAAAGGGCCCCUUUCUCAAGCCCUCUUGAACAAAGCUGGGCCAAAACUUCAGGAAGAAUUGAACACAAUUGGACGGGCAAUGACUAUUAAUGCAGGAACCAUUUUCCUCACCAGUGGUUACAAUCUGCACUGCAGCUAUGUGUUUCAUGUGGUAGCUCCAGACUGGAAUAAGAACAGCACAUCUGCAUACCAGAUCAUGGAAGCCAUAAUCAGAGAAUGUCUGGACAUCACUGAGAGUUUAUCUUUAAAGUCAGUUACAUUUCCAGCAAUUGGAACAGGAACUUUGCAAUUUCCAAAAUCUAUUUUUGCUGGAUUAAUAAUUUCACAGGUGUUCAAAUUCAGUAGUGAGUGUCAAACAAAUAUACAAGAAGUUCAACUUGUGCUGCACCCAGAUGAUCAUGGGACUAUCCAGGCAUUCUCAGAUGAAUUUGCCCAAAGGACUAAUGGAAAUUUCUCCAGGGACAAAAUUUCCCAGCUUGUAGAUACACAAGGAGUCUAUGGAGCUGUUUCUAGUCCUACCAUUAAUGUGUAUGAAAUGAAGAUUGGUCCCAUCACCUUCCAGGUAUCUAUUGGAGAUAUCACUAAUGAAGUGGCAGAUGUGAUUGUGAAUUCAACAUCAAAUACAUUUGAUUUUAAAACAGGACUUUCCAAAGCCAUUUUAGAAGGUGCUGGGAAAAACAUAAAAAAGCAAUUUUCUCUUCUAGCUCAGCAGGGUAACAGUGGUUAUAUUGUUACUGACAGUGGAUUAUUGAAGUCUAAGAAGAUUAUUCAUGUCAUUGGUGAUAAUGAUGUCAAGAAAUCAGUUACCAGUGUUUUACAAGAGUGUGAAAACCGCAAUUAUUCUUCCAUUUGUCUUCCAGCCAUUGGGACAGGACAUGCCAGACAAAAUCCACAUAAAGUUGCUGAUGCCAUAAUUAAUGCUAUUGAAGAUUUUAUCCAGAAAGGAUGCAUCCAGUCUGUGAGAACAGUCAAAGUUGUUAUCUUUCAGCAUCAAUUACUAAGUGUGUUUUAUGAGAAAAUGAAAAAAAGAGAAGGUUCACAUGAUUCUCACCAACAGUCUUUGAUAUCAGAAACUCCAUCAUUUCUGAGCCCUUUAAGUCAAUCAUCUAAGCAACAGAAUCUUUUGGUUUUGGAAGAGAAAAAAGAAUCAACGGUUUUUCUGGCAUAUGGUGAAAAUGUAGAACUUUUGGAAGGUGCCCUUUUCUAUAUACAGAAACUGAUUGAAAGUAAGCAGUCCUGUUAUACCAAUAAAGAUGAGUGUAUCAAAAACUUUGAUGAAAAAGAGUAUCAGGAAUUGAAUGAGCUGCAGAAGAAUUUGAGUGUUGCUAUUUCCUUGGAUACUAAAAAGUCUUCAAUAGAGGUGUUGGGAACUGGAGAUGUUACACAUGCUAAAAAUAAAAUUGAGGAAAUGAUCAAAAGAGUUAGAGCCAAAGAACAGGAAUUACAAGCAGAUUGGAUCAGUGAAUUUAUAGAAUGGCAAUAUAAUGAAAAUAACAAGUUUCAUUGUUUUGGCAAAAUAACAAAUCUGCUGUUGGAGGAGGCAAGGAAAGCAAACAGAAAGGCAAUUGAGGUUCAAAUUAAUCAUCAGACCUACAAAGUGGACUUGAACACAUACACUGCUACAAAUGCACAGGGACACACACUGCAGGUUAAACGCCUUACAAAAUCUGAAGUUGAAAUCCCUGCACACUGGAGUGACAUGAGGCAGCAGAAUGUCCUUGUGGUGGCACUUCAGCCUUCGGAUCCAGAGUACAUGGCUGUGGCAAACAAGUUUAACCAGACCUGUGCAAACUUCAAAAUAAAGAAGAUCGAGAGAAUCCAAAAUACAGUUCUCUGGAACAGUUACCAGGUAAAGAAAAGAGCUAUGGAUGCCAAGAAUGGCCAAAUGGCAAAUGAGAAGCUGCUCUUCCAUGGGACAGACGCUGACUCAGUGCCAUAUAUCAACACAAACGGCUUUAACCGCAGUUAUGCUGGAAGGAAUGCUGCAAUGUAUGGAAAAGGAACCUAUUUUGCUGUUAAUGCCAGAUAUUCAUCAAGUGAUAUAUACUCCAAACCAGACAAAAAUGGGAAAAAGCGUGUGUAUUAUGUACGAGUACUUACUGGAAUGUUCACACUUGGACAUCAGUCAUUACUUGUGCCUCCUCCAAAGAACCCUCAAAAUCCUACUGACCUGUAUGACACUGUCACAGAUAAUGUACAAAAUCCUAAUUUAUUUGUGGUAUUUUAUGAUUGUCACUCUUACCCAGAGUAUCUCAUCACAUUUAGGCAGUAACAUUUCAAUAUCCUUUGCAGAAUGCAUAACCCACUGAAAAUACCUAGUUGAAAAACAAGUUUUAGCUUUU